AUGGUCGCCACAUCACCAGAACGUCCGUCGCGACGAGCGGCGGCUCGAAGAAAGACUGUCGUGGAGGAGGAAGAUGGCUCGGACGUGGAGAACAGCAUGGUCAGCCAGAGUAGAGUGGACGAGGACGAAGAGGCCUUCACACCCCCCAAGAAGACAAGAGCGUCCCCGCGACGGAAGACCACCGGAGAUGCGACCCCACGCAGGCGCACAACGAUGGGCGAGAGACGUGUGCGGACUGGUGAAUCCGUGGAACCUUCACAGCUCUUCAGCCCGCCAGAGAGCGUAGUCGACGAGCCACUCUCGCCGACAAAGAAAUCGCCACCCAAACGCCGGAGCGUGAAAGAUGCGCGAGCGGCGCGCAAAAGCCGAGCGUCACGCAUCUCCAUUGCCUCCGAUGCGCCCGAGCUGCAGCCACCCUUGCCCACCCCUCAACCCUCGCAAUCUCCCGAGCCACUGUCUCGGCAGGGCACGCCGCUGACUGACAUUACGGAGUCUGCAAUCAACGAGCAAACGCCGACACUCGCUUCCCGAAACGUUACACCGCCUGCGGAUGACACUGAGGUGACUGAAGCUGCGCAAACGCCGACCCUCGCAUCACGACACAUCACACCGCCUGCCGACGAGACCGAAGUGACUGAAGCCGUGCAAACGCCCAAAACCGAUAUCAAGAUGGAGAUCAAGAAGGUGGACGCACAAGUGACGAAGUUGGACAGACCGAUGGACAUCGUGGUGAAGAAGAGAGCGCUCGGCGUCCCGCAAUCGCAUGAGCCCGCCGAGCCAAAGGAGAGGAUGACCAUCACCUACCUGACCCUCACGAACUUCAAAUCGUAUGCAGGCAGGCAAGUAGUCGGGCCCUUCCAUGCCUCCUUCUCAUCUGUCGUCGGGCCCAAUGGCUCAGGCAAAUCCAACGUCAUCGACUCGUUGCUGUUUGUCUUUGGCUUCCGCGCGAGCAAGAUGCGACAGGGAAAGCUCUCCGCGCUCAUCCACAACAGCGCGCAAUACCCCGACCUGGAGUACUGUGAGGUGGAAGUCCACUUCCAAUCCGUCAUGGAUCAGCCCGGCGGUGGCUCGGCCGUUGUUCCAGACUCGCAACUCAUCAUCUGCCGACGAGCUUUCAAGAACGACAGCAGCAAAUACUACAUCAAUGGCAAGACGUCCAAUUUUACGACAGUCACAACGCUGCUCAAAGACCGGGGCGUUGAUCUCGACCAUAAGCGUUUCUUGAUCCUCCAGGGUGAAGUCGAAUCUAUCGCACAGAUGAAGCCGAAAGCCGCCAACGAACAUGACGACGGUCUUCUGGAAUACCUCGAAGACAUCAUCGGUACGUCCAAGUACAAGACACCCAUCGACGAAGCAGCCGCGGAGACCGAGAGCUACAACGAGGUUUGUCUGGAGAAGAACACCCGUGUCCAGCAUGUCGAAAAGGAGAAGAACAGCUUGGAGGACAAGAAGAACAAGGCGCUCGCGUACAUCAAAGAUGAGAACGAGCUGGCGUUGAAGUCUUCCGCGCUCUACCAAAUCUACGUUUCGGAAUGCGGCGACAACAUUCAGGUCACGCAAGAAGCUAUUGGCGAAAUUGAAGGGCAACUGAAUGAGGAAAGGAAGAAGAAUCAAGGCAGUGAAGAUGAGAUCAAGCGUCUUGAAAAGGACUACAAAGCUGGGGAGAAGGGCUACGACAAGCUCGAGAAGGACACGCAGAACAUCCUCAAGGAAGUCGCAAAGCUAGACAAGGAGACCGUCAAGUUCGAGGAGAAGCGCAAGUUCUUGUCGAACAAGGCGAAGAAGCUGGAGAAGACGCUUGAGACCUCCAACUACGGCAUUUCGGAAUCCACGACUCUUGCCAAGAAUGCGACUGACGACAUCCGGCGAAUGGGCGCGGAAAUCGAAGAGCUGGAGCAGGAAGCUGCGACGGAGGAUGAGAAGCUGUCGAAGAUCCGCGAGAGCCUCAAGGGCAAAACGCAAGGUCUGAGCGACGAGAUUGCCGCCAAGCAGAAGCAGCUGGAGCCAUGGAAUGACAAAGUCAACGAGAAGCAAUCAGCCAUUGCCGUUGCGCAAAGCGAGCUUGACAUCCUCCGCGAACGCGAAGACGCUGGAGCUACUGCUGUCGCUGAUCGAGAAACGGCGAAGAGGGAGGAGCUGGAAGGCUGUAAGAAAGAGCAAAAGUCUGCGGAGAAGGAGGUUCAAAGCCUCAAUGCCCAGGACUCUGGAUUCAAAUCGAAGCUUUCCGGCGCACGACAGAAGGCUGAUGAGGCUCGAGCAAGUCUCUCCGCCACGCAAAGCCAGGGCAAUGAGUCCGGACGAAUCGACGGCUUCCACGGCCGGCUCGGUAACCUGGGCACUAUCGACCAAAAGUACGACGUGGCCAUCUCCACCGCAUGUCCCCAACUCGACAAUCUCGUUCAGUGCGUGGAGUACCUUCGCAAGAAUAACCUUGGUCGUGCGAACUUCAUGCUGCUCAAUCAGCUCGCUCAGCGCGAUCUCUCGCCCAAGGACACCCCGGAAGGCGUACCGCGAUUAUUCGAUCUGGUCAAGGCGAAGCACGACCGCUUCCGGCCGGCAUUCUACAGCGUGCUACAGGACACUCUCGUGGCGAAGGAUCUCGAGCAAGCAGAUCGCAUUGCCUACGGUGCUCGGCGCUGGCGUGUGGUAACUCUAGACGGCCAAUUGAUCGACAAAUCGGGUACGAUGAGCGGCGGUGGCACCAAAGUCGCCAAGGGCGCCAUGUCGGCCAAACUCGCUGCGGACGUCACCAAAGAGCAAGUGGCGAAGAUGGAACAAGAGUACGCGCGGCUUCAGGAGAGCCAGCGCGAGCUUAAUGCGCGGCUGAAAGAGUUGCAAAACCGGCUGCCGAAGUUGCAGACGCAGGCGCAGAACAUUGAGCGGAACAUCGCCGAUGCGGAAAAGCGGAUUCAGGAGCUGGCGGCUGAGGCGCAGCCUGGCAAGGCUGACAAGCAACGGACGGGCGAUCUUGAGAAGAAUAUCGCGAAGAUGCAGAAGGAGACGGCCGGGAUCGAGGAGGAGAUCAAGGAGUUGCAAGACAAGAUCAUGGAGAUUGGUGGAGCGCAACUUCGAAACCAGGUCAACACUCUCGGUGAGUCGGUGAGCGCUGCCGAGAAGCAGGGCAAGAAGCAUGAGAAAGCGAGUGCCGAUGCUGCAACGGAGCUCGAGAAAGUCCGCUCCGAACUCGCCAAUGCCGAGGAUGCACAGCAGGCGCUCGAAUUCAAGAAGGAAGAGCUGCAAGACCUCAAGGCUCAAUUCGACUCCCGGACCGCAGAGCUCAACGAGACCCGCGGCCUGGAGGAGAACACCAAGAUCCUAGCGGACAAUGAGAAGCGCCUGAACGAAGACGGCGAAGAGCGCGAGCCCGAGCCCAUGCCGGAACUGAAGGAACUCAAAGGCCGGACAUCCCAACACGUCGAGCUGGCCGUGCUAGGCGAAUACCGCCGGCGCGUGGAAGAAUACAACGCCCGCCUAGGCGACCUCAACACCUCCCUCGCCUCCCGCGACGCGGCCAAGAAGCGCACCGACGAACUGCGCCGCCUGCGCCUCGAGGGCUUCAUGGAAGGCUUCUCCACCAUUUCCAUGCGGCUGAAGGAAAUGUACCAGAUGAUCACCAUGGGCGGCAACGCGGAGCUCGAGCUCGUCGACUCCCUCGACCCUUUUUCCGAGGGCAUUCUCUGGAAGAACAUCAGCAACUUGUCGGGCGGGGAGAAGACGUUGUCCAGCUUGGCGCUCCCGACGCCGCUUUAUGUGAUGGAUGAGAUUGAUGCGGCGUUGGAUUUCAGGAAUGUCUCCAUUGUGGCGGCGUACAUCAAGGAGCGCACGAAGAAUGCGCAGUUCAUUGUCAUUUCCCUGCGGAACAAUAUGUUUGAGUUGGCAUCACGGUUGGUUGGGGUGUACAAGGUGAAUCACAUGACGAAAAGCGUCACGGUGGAGAAUAGGGACUAUGUCAAUCGCCAAUGA